AUUAUCUUCAAGACCAUGAAGGAAUGUAUUGACCAGAAAGUUUAUCAAGCUGAAUUGGAUAAUAUCCCAGCAGCAUUCCAAGAUGGUUCUAUUAAUGGUGGCCCAAGACCUGGAGGUCAUAGUUUGACCAUCCAUGAAAAUAUUCCCGGACGACACGUCGAGAUCCGAGCGGGAUACAUCGGUACCACCAUCGCUGUACGCCAAGCUGGGAGACAACUUUCCUUUUCCAUCAGAAUUUCGGAAGAAGUGGCCAAAUCCUUCCCAGAGGAACAAGAUCUUCAGUUAUGCGUCGAGGGUUGUCCUCGGAGCCAACGGAUGUCGCGUUCUCCCGGCGGUCACGGGAUGAUUCCGACGGAAACGGCUCGGGAAUUGUGCCGGGAGAUGUUACCUGUGGAAGAUGUUUAUUUUCAAUCUUGUGUCUUCGACGUGGUGACCUCAGGAGAUGUCAACUUCACCAUGGCUGCUCACGGGGCCUUGGAGGACGCUCGGAUUUUCCUUAAGGAGGAGGUGGAAAAGCUUCAUCUUUUCCAGGCUGGAGCGAGUG